CUUGUAGUGCCACGCCGCGGCGUCCUUCCAAAGCAGCAAAGCUAAACAAUACCUGCGGGCCGCAAGGACGCGGCGUCCAAAUCAUAGCACCCACGCCGUACGGUGUCGCCGCUUCCUCGUUUCCCGAAGGUGAGAGCGGACGCCGGCCGGAGGCGAUAAAUACAAAUACGCCCACGUAGCAGGAGGAGGAGAAGGACGGGGAGCAGUGUAGCGUUCCAUUCCCACGCUCGCGCGGCACGAUUCCGCCGUCUCCGAGGAGGGGCCUCAAAGGGAGCGCUCGCCACCAGCCUCUCAUCAUUGUUUCCAGGAAAAGAACGGCCGGGGCCUCGAGCCCUGCCAGCCACUUCGCCCUGCCUCGCGAGAUCCCCGUGAAGGAAGACGGUGAUCGUGGCAGGAGCGAAUGCUGCACAAAUGGAAGGUCGCAGAGUGCGGCGCGGGCGCGGGCGGGGUAGACCAGCGCCGGUGGUGCGUGGCGGCGUCGCUGUCCAUGUUGAUUGCGGCCACCUUGGCGUUCCUUGCCUACGUUGCCUUCUUCCCGGAUGACGGCGCCGGUGGGCUGUACCGGUUGUGGAGGUGCCAGGAUUGCGCGGGCGAGCUGGGCGAUUUCCCGGGUGACGAGGCGGCCGCGGCCGACUGGCCUUCGGCUGGUGGCGGCCGCGCACCGACGACGCUGUCUCACAUCGUGUUCGGCAUCGGAGCAUCGGCACAGACGUGGGACCAGCGCCGCGGGUACGUGGAGCUGUGGUGGCGACCCGACCAGCUGCGCGGGCACGUCUGGCUCGACCAGGAGCCGGUGAGCCCGUGGCCGGCGGCGACGUGCCCUCCGUACCGUGUCUCGGCGGACGCCUCCCGGUUCGGCGACCGGGCUUCGGCAUCGCGGAUGGCCAGGAUCGUGGUGGACUCGUUCUUAGCCAUCACUGCGGAGCUGGGGAAUGACACUGCGCCGGACGAGGUGCGGUGGUUCGUGAUGGGCGACGACGACACGGUGUUCUUCCCGGACAACUUGGUGGCCGUGCUGCGCAAGUACGACCACGAGGAGCUGUACUACGUCGGGGCGCCGUCGGAGAGCGUGGAGCAAAACGUGAUGCACUCUUACGGCAUGGCGUUCGGCGGCGGCGGGUUCGCGGUGAGCUAUCCGGCCGCGGCCGCGCUCGCCAAGGCCAUCGACGGCUGCCUCGACCGGUACAGGCUGUUCUACGGCAGCGAUCAGCGCGUGCAAGCCUGCCUCAGCGAGCUCGGCGUCCCGCUCACCCGCGAGCACGGAUUCCACCAGGUGGACAUCCGCGGCGACGCGUACGGGAUGCUGGCGGCCCACCCGGUGGCGCCGCUGGUGUCGCUCCAUCACCUCGACCACAUCCAGCCCAUCAGCCCGCAGGGAAAGACCGCGCUGGACGCGGUCCGGCCCCUGGUCGGCGCGUCCCGCUUCGACCCGGCGCGGGCGCUGCAGCAGAGCUUCUGCUACCAGCACGGGCCGGGGUACACCUGGUCCGUCUCCGUCGCGUGGGGCUACACCGUGCAGGUGUACCCGUGGCCCGUCGCGCCGCACGAGCUGGAGGUUCCGCUGCAGACGUUCCGGACCUGGCGGAGCUGGGCCGAUGGGCCGUUCGUGUUCAACACCCGUCCGCUGAGCCCGCACAACGCGUGCGCCCGACCCGCCAUGUUCUUCCUGAGCUGGGUCCGGAACGAGACGGGGCGCGCCACCGUGACGGAGUACGCGAGGCACGGCGUCCCGUCGGAGAAGGAGUGCGACAAGGCCAGCUUCCGUGCGGUGUCCACAGUCCACACGAUCAGGGUCAUUGCUCCCAAGAUGAGCGAGAAUGAGUGGAAAUGGGCACCGCGGCGGCAGUGCUGCAGGACGAAGCGGGCGAGGUGGGGCACGGUGCUGACGGUGCGGAUACGACGCUGCGGCAGAGGAGAGCUAACCACGCCGUAGAUCCAUCCGUUUCGCCGUGAUUUCGCCACGGCACGGAGACGAAGAUAGUUGUGGUAGUGUGUGAUACAGAUGACAGGCACGGAUAAUUCUAUGGAAUAAUUUCAUCUAUAUCAUCAGCUUGUAUCAUGUCACCUAUCUGUCAUCGACACAGCUGAUAGUAUAGAUGAAAAGUAUAUCUAAAAUAUUGAUAUAGAUGUAAAUUCCUCUAAUUCUAUCGGUGCUCGCACAAGAAAGAAGCUAGGUCCUAUUCUCUGACCGGCA